AUGGUGUACAUUCGCCAGGACAAGCUGCCCAGGCUCAAGGAGUACAAAUACUCGGGUGUCGACCAUAGUCUACUCUCGCAAUAUGUUCUCAAGCCCUUCUACAACAAUGUUGUCAUCAAGUGCUUUCCCAUGUGGAUGGCGCCCAACCUUAUCACACUCUCCGGGUUCGGAUUCGUCGUUGUCAACUUUCUCACCAUGCUUUGGUACACUCCGACACUGGACCAAGACUGUCCACGGUGGGUGUAUGUCAGCUGGGCGAUCGGCCUGUUCCUUUACCAAACAUUUGAUGCUGUGGAUGGUAGCCAGGCGCGGCGAACUCACCAGAGUGGACCCCUUGGCGAGCUCUUCGAUCACGGCGUUGAUGCGAUCAAUACCACACUAGAGGUGCUUCUGUUUUCCGCCACUAUGAAUUUGGGACAGGGUUGGAAAACCGUGCUGACACUUUUUGCCUCCUCUUUGACCUUUUAUGUACAAACCUGGGACGAAUAUCACACUCACACUCUCACGCUUGGCGUGAUAUCCGGGCCUGUGGAAGGCAUCCUGACGCUCUGUAUUGUCUAUGCAUCGACGGCCUUUCUUGGUGGAGGUAGCUUCUGGCAACGUUCAAUGCUUCAGAGCAUUGGGGUAGCGAAUCAUACUUACGUCCCGGAUAUUCUGUAUAGCCUCGCCUGGAAUCAGUGGCUUAUGGCUUAUGGCGGUGUUGUGCUUGUUUUCAACACUGUUUCAAGUGCUCAGAACGUCAUGAAGGCACGACGAGCCCGAGGCCAGAAAACGCGCUCAGCUCUUGCAGGACUGCUCACCUUCUUUGCGGCCUGGAUACUUAUCGUGGCGUACCUAUACCUCCAGCCCAUUAUUUUGCAUCAUCAUCUGGUGCCGUUCAUCUUCUAUGCUGGGCUUAUCAACGCAUAUUCCGUCGGUCGUAUGAUAAUUUCGCAUCUUACCAAGUCACGUUUCCCUCGUGGUAAUGUGCUUAUAUACCCCCUGAUCUACGGUGUGAUUGACUCUCUUGGUCCAUGGCUGCAGGAGCACAUCGGUGUUGGGUGGCCUAGUGCACUAGGUAAUGAUGUUUACCAAGUCGCCUUCGUCUUCAUGUGUCUUGGCCUAGGUGUAGGCGUCCACGGCAGUUUUGUGGUAGACGUUAUUUGGACGAUCUGCGAUUAUCUUGACAUUUGGUGUCUUACCAUCAAGUAUCCACACCAGCCAGAUGGUGCCAAGAAAGAUCAAUAG